AAGCGUAGUACCGGAGGCCCAGCAGAGGUCAGUUGAUCGUGAAUAACAAAGCAAGACGCGAGUGUUUUGUGCAAGAGCGCCACUGGAUAAACGGAAACUUUUUUGAUUUAUUUGCGAUAAGUCUGCUGUGAAGAAAGCGAGGAAAAAGUGUUUAUGCCGCAACGUUGAGAGAGUGGAAAAGUUGUGCAGGAAAAGUGAAAGACACACACACGCUACAAGAUGAUUUCGGAACUGUUCAACACGAUGCACAAGGCACGCUUUAGCGGCAUUCGCAUUGUGCCAGAAAACUCGCCAUCCCUGCAGGCGUCUUGUGUGCGUGCGUUCGUCGAGAGUGUGGUGGAGGCGAAGGACUGCAACGAGCGGAUCGUGCAGCUGCAGUUCCUGCCGGCGUCGCUGCUGACCGCUACCCUGGACCGCAUGUGCAGAUAUCCGCAGCUACGUCCGCUGCUGCGUGCCGAGCUGACCGAUCCGGUUCAGUUCAUGAAGCUGUUCAACGGCUACGCACCGGACUAUGGCACCCUGGAGAAGUGUUUGCGGGAAGCGGCCCUCAGCGGGCGUCCGCAGGUCCUCAAGGACCUGGCCAGUAACUACUGUGAUAUGCUGCGCGCCGAGUUGCGCAAAGAAAACGCCCCAUCGCACAUCAGGGCCCGCGUGCUGGAGUCGCUCAAGUUUGGCGACUACCUGUACGAAGCGGGCUGGUGCCGGUGCGGGGCGGACGUCCUAAGUCUUACCCAAGAACUGAUCUCGCCGCUCGCCGUGCAGCAGGGGCAGCUUCCACGACCGCAUCUUGAGCUGGAGUGCCUCGUGCAGCUGCUGCGCGCCCAAAUCGGAGCCUGCCUGACCUCGAAGGCGGCGGGCACUGUCGAAAAGUUGUUGACCUUCGUCGACGCGUCGAGCCAACGAACGGGCGGCCCGGAUUCAGGUUCCCCACUAGUCAAGGCCUACCUGCAGCUCGGGAGCUACUACUACCACGUGCAAGACUACGACCGGUGCCAUUUCUGGGCGCUGCGAGCGCUCACCGCGGUCGGCGGGGAGUCGGCGGAGAGCUCCACCGGUGACGUCAUCGACGUGUUGCAGCUGAUCGCCCUCUUCUGCAUCGCGAAGGAGCGCCACGACCUUGGCAAUAUGCUGAUCAGUCAGGCGGUGCGCCGGGCGCGCACCGAGUACGGAAGUCUGCACCGCCGGUACGCCGACGUGCUGCAGCAGUACGGCUUUGUGCUGCUGCGCACCAACGCCAUCCUGCCCGCCAUCACCGCGUUCACCGAGUGUCUCGACAUCACCGGGCGCGUGUACGGCAUGCUCAGCCCGCAUGCGGUCGUCCUGGAAGGUUACCUGGCGCACUGUCUCUACCUGCGAUCCCACACGACCGGACGCUUCGAUAUGGCGCUCCGGCAUGCCGAGGCCGCCCUCGACCUCGCCCACCAGCUCAUGCCCGGCAGCCGGCAGGUGCGCCAGCAGCUGGAGCGCACCCGCGACCUGAUCCUACGCGGCCCGGACAGUCGCCGGUCAACCAAAGAGUGCCAACCGCCGCGCGAGCGCGACUACGGUGCCUUCUCGCUGCACGAAAUCAAAGAGAAGUUCUUCGAGCUGGACUCGUCCUUUGAGCGUGACGGGCUCGCCUGCAGCGGAUAAGGGAAGCGAACCAGCAUCGGUUCCGUCGAACUAAACCAUACCACCAUAAGCCAUCCAAGACUAAGUUGCGUAAGGUUUCCGUGUUUUGUUUUUAGUUUGCAGUACGUACCACCUAAGAGUUCCGCGAAGUCAUUAACGCCUUCCAGGGCGUGCGCGCGGAAAGGUCAGACAGACUAACAGUGGUGGUGCCCACCCGUCGAGAGAUAUAGCUUAGGAUAGCAAUAUACAAUAAAAAACGUGUUUUCAUUAUAUCAACA